AUGGCUCUGAAGACAUGUCUUGCGCUUGCCAUUGUCUUUCUCACCGCCGUCCAAGCUUUGCCUCAAUUAGCUCUGCCGAUCAACGCUCAAUUGCCUCCAUUAGCAUACGUUGGGAAACCGUACAACUUUACCUUUUCUUCUUCGACUUUUCUUUCGGAUGGAACUGACCAGCUGAGUUAUACAUUGGCCAAUGCACCAUUAUGGCUGCAACUCGACAGCGAGACUAGGACGUUCUCUGGGACACCAAGCGCUGCUGAUGCCGGAUCGACCUUGUUCCAAGUAUGGGCGGCCGACUCUACAGGCUCCGCCGAGUCAGAUACAACAUUCAUUGUCUCGAAUGAGACUCCUCCAGUCGUGGCCAUUCCGUUGGCCGAGCAGCUUCCCUCGCUUGGGAAUACUUCAGAUCCGACAAGUCUUCUGAUAUAUCCUUCAGAUGGGUUCGACUUCAGUUUCUCCAACGAGACCUUUUUGGAUGCCGGCAGGCCGUUGUCUUAUUAUUCCAUCUGUAUGAACAACACUCCUUUGCCAUCAUGGAUCAGUUUUGAUGGAGGAAAUCUACGAUAUUCUGGAACGACGCCUCCAUUGACGUCGUUGGAGACGCCUCCGCAGCAUCUCGAUAUCCAAUUGAUUGCGUCUGAUAUACCAGGGUUUGCCGGGGCUGUAGCAUACUUCACAAUCGUUAUGGGCGCUCAUGAACUUAUUUUCUCAAAGUCGUCGUGGGACAUUAGCAUCAGCGCCAACGAUCCGAUCGAUUUUCAGGGCCUUGAGAACCAGCUGCUCUUAGAUGGAAAACCAAUUCCUGCACAAGACCUUGAGCAGGUUACAGUAGACGGUCCCACUUGGCUCAAAGUUGACACCCAAACAUUUCACAUUACGGGAACUCCGCCGUCGAAUGUGCAGUCCCAAAACGUGACAAUAGCGGCAUUGGAUUCAUACAAUGAUUAUACAACUACGACGGUGAACUUGGUCUUGAUGGAGCCUCUCAUCAAUGGCACGAUUCCGACCUUGAAUUUGACCCUCGGAAAAAAUUUUAGCUAUCCACUCAAUCGGUACUUGGUUUCAACAUCAAAUGUUGCCGUCAAUAUUGACUUUGGCUCCGCUGGCUCAUGGCUGAAACUUGAUGAAUCGACAUUGACGAUCGAAGGACAAGUGCCAGACAACCUUCAACCCGGUGUCAUCCCUGCAAACAUGACCGUGUCUUCUGAUACCACCCACCAAACAAGUUCGCAGACACUCCAGUUGGCAAUCCACAAGGCCGUGGUCGCAAUCUCUUCAACUCCUGUCGUCAGCACUAGCACUACGUAUACUCCUACUCCAAGCUCCAAUGGCAGCUCGCAAGCAUUUAGUGGACACGAUUCAACCACGUCUCCAGCUGCCGGACCUCUCACCGAGUCUUCUGACGAUCAUAAGAAGGGAAUAAUAGCGGUCGCUAUAGCUGUUCCACUUCUGGCUCUGAUCGGCGCUCUUGCUAUUUGCCUCGGAUGCUUACGAUCAAGGCGAAAGAAGAAGGCCAAGGCCAAAGCCAAGGCCGCACCGGUAGAGAAGGGACCCCGGCCAAGCUCUCCCCCAACAGCCAUAGUUGAUUCUUCGCAUCCCAGGGUACCGGAUGACGAUCCAUGGGAUGAAGAGGAUGAUCUGAAUUUCGAGAAGAGCCUCCACAGAACAACAUCCCGUCCACCGCGCCUUUCCUUGAGUGCAAUAUUUGAGUCAAGCAUCAGCCUUUCGCAAAGGGCACGUGGAAUAAAAACAAUUAGCGUGGAUAAGGACAUUGUUCCCGUAGACACUGCUUCUCGCCCAGACUUUUCGAUUGCCGCGAACCGGUCAGCGACGCCGUUUGUUGUUCCGAACACAGUCGAUACGACGCCCGCGACGUCCGCUCCUCCUGAUUCUGCCCUUCAUUCCCCGACUGUGGUUGUCUUUGAUCCGUCGAGUACCAUGGUAAAACCCUCACGGUCUCAAAAACGACUCUCCAAAGCCUCUAGAAAGUCAAACCGGCAAUCUGGGGGGCCCGGUCUGCCCGUCAAUCGGCCCAUGAGUGGAAUGGGUCACGGUUCUAGCGUUUAUUCUCCUCCGAGCCGCAGCAUUGUCGAUCGCCUCUGGCAUAAGCCGGCAAGCAGUAGUUUGUGGGAAACACUCAGCGACGUCAGCGGCCAGACCGAGGGCACAGACAUGCUGGAUGAUUUCCCUCUUCCCCCCAAAGACAAAUCUGGCUCCAACAACAACAAGACGCAACCAAAAUGGCAACGAAAAUCUAUUCGCGCCAUCAACAGUCCUCCUCCAGAGUCUCGUCUCUCCCUCAACGCCCUCCGCCAAGAAUACAUCAAGAAGCGAAGCACUGCGUCACCUUGGUUCGGCGGCGUGUCCUCUCGCACAUCCAUGUACUCACGGUCUUCAUCGAUUGCAGCCCAGCGUAGACGGCAGUCUUCUUUGCCUCCAUUCUCUCUCGUCGCACUGACGCAGGCGAGCAAAGGCAAUUCAGCCGACCUUAAUCUUAAUCGUCGAGACACUGUCCGUUCAGAAUCUAUUUACUCUCAACCCGAAGAUCUUGUUGAAGUGCCUGCACGAAUUAUGACACGGCCGAACCCGCUCCGGACAUCUCGGCGAAGUGCAAGUCAGCGCUAUGCAGAUCACAUGGCCCGAUUACGGCGGAUGCCGACAUCUUCUAGCAUGCAGAGUAGUCGCAAAUUCGAAUCUGCAGCAGAGUCUUCGGCCUCGUCAGACGCAUCUCAUGUCGAGGAUGGAAGCACCUACGUCGACAUUCUCGGUGAAGAUGGCCGCGCACAGUGGUAUCAUGUCGAUCGGGAUCAUCAGGGACUAGACCGGCUCAAUCAAGAGUUUGGUCGAUUAACCCGACUAGAUCCCCCACCCCGUGUCCACUAUGACCAUGUGGGCCGCGACAGCGAUGGCAACAUAAUCGAGUACGGAGAGAACGAGAGGCCCCGGAUCGAAGUCCCUUCUGUCGUGGUUCCCGUGCAGAGACUCUCCGGGUAUAGAGCGGAUGUAGGACCUCUUUCUACGCUGGCAAAUGGCGCCAAUGGGGAGCGCUUUAGAUUGGUCGAUCAUAAGGGCAAGAGACCAGUCAGCGUGGAACAGCCAGAGAAGGACGGGGCUUUUGGGAGUCAGAGCGGAUCGGUGAGAUUUAUUUAG